AUGGCUGAAGUUGUACCAUUAAAAGAGGUAAAGAAAGAAAAUGUUGUUGAUUUCAUCGAAUCAAACAUAAUUUUUAGGUAUGGCAUACCAAGAUGUAUAGUCACUGAUAAUGGAACACCUUUCAACAAUAAACACAUGAGUAGUUUGUGCGAGAAGUUCAGUUUUAAGAAACAUAAAUCUUCAAUGUACAAUGCACUUGCCAAUGGUCUUGCUGAAGCUUUUAACAAGACACUUGGUAACCUAUUGAAAAAAGUAGUUGCAAGGAAUAAAAGAGACUGGCAUGAGAGAGUUGGUGAAGCUUCAUGGGUAUAUCGUACAACCUUUAGAACUGCUACGCAAGCGAUGUUGUUUUCAUUGGUGUAUGGCAUAGAAGCAAUGCUUCCAUUGGAGAAGCAAAUUCCAUCAUGCGAAUAG